CGCAGUAGUGCAAAGCAGGAGUUAUUUUGCCCAUUAGGAAAAAAAAAAAAGCCCAUCGAAAGUGCAGUGAGCUCUCUCAGUCUCUCACAAAUGAUUACUUCAACAGGUUUCCAGUUCCCAAGAUGAUGGCAGUAUAACUUACAAAAUAUUUCCACCGAAGAAACUGUUUUGAAGGCAGAAACAUGUAGAGAAGUACUUGCUUCUGGAUGGCAUCUGUAUUUUCAUGUGAACCUACAAGAGGUCUGUUAACUUGACCAUCUUUUGUGAUGAAACAGCAUUGGGCAUUAUGGACAAAAACAUUGGAGAUCAGCUUAACAAAGCUUAUGAAGCCUAUCGACAGGCAUGCAUGGAUAGGGACCAUGCUGUGAAAGAACUACAGCUAAAAACAGAAAACUACAUACAGCAAAUACGUGAACAGCAGGAACAGAUAGAGCUUCAAAACAGUAUUAUUGCAAAAUUGAAAUCACAGUUAGCUGCUCUGAAUGCUAAUAGAGGUAAUGCGCAUUCCUACAUUCUGGUGCCUGAAGAACUCGAAACCUCCAACUUAUCUUUCAGCCAGCUCUCUGAAAAACUAAGCAUAGCAAAGCAAAGAGAAAAACUCCUAAAGGAACAGUUAGAAAAUGAGAGCAUUAAGAUGAAGCAAAUUGAAGACAAAAACAAUCAGAAGGAAAGGAAGCUUAUAUCUAUUAUUUCCAACCAAGAAGAUAAAAUAAGAACUCUGAAAAACAAAUUGAAAGAAUUAAAUGAAGCACAGAAGGGUAUACAGGUCCCAAUAUAUAAAAUGGAGGUGAAAAGUAAGAAAGUUGUUCCAGAUAAGCAAGAGUUAUCUCUAGGGAUCUCUGGUAUUUCAUCUGUGUCUGAAAGGGAGAAUCUGGAGACUAUUUUCCAGGAGAUGAAAGAAGAAUGUCAUCGAAUAUGUAUGCUCGCCAGAGAACAAACAGACCAACUGAGUAAAUUUAAGAUAAAGCGAGAACCUGAAACUGAAAUACAGUUUUCCAUGCCUAUACAGUGUACUGAUAAAACUGAUGAACAAGCAGAAGAGCUUUUUAAACCUCGGGUUAUAAAGGAUAUAAAUAGAGGUGCAUCAUGCAUCACAUCUAUCACACCAAGAGGAGUGGGCCAAGAUGAGGACAACAACUCUGUAGAAUCACUUUCUAAAUUUAAUGUCAAGUUUCCACCUACAGACAAUGACUCUGCUUUCUUGCAGAGCACUCAGGAUAAACCAACAGUUCCUUGUGCUGGUAUAGCUGAAAACAUGCUUCAAGAUCAUCAUUUUAACCUGGAGCACAGAGACCAUGCUGUUAACCUCAGUAAAUUGGAAUCUAACUCAUUUGAAACUCAUGGAGUUGAUCUCAUGACCUCAGCUUUACAAAGCUUAACUACUGUUGACAAAACAAACCCCCCAAAUCAUGCAAACAUGCCCAUAGAAAAUACUCGUGACAAAACAUGUUUAAAAACAGCAGAUACUGGUCUCACGUUUGUGCCUAAGCACACAAACCCGGCUGUACCUGAAGUAAUUUUUUCUUCCUUAGAAGCUGCUGGGACAACCAUCAGAGGUCCUCAUCAGCUCGUUUGGCAGCCUCAAGACAAUGUUUUGCUGGCACAAGCCUAUACAGACUCUGAACUGAAUCAGUGUGGAGUAUGUGAAUUCUGUCGAGAAGUUUUCCCACCAUCUAUAACAUCUAAGGAAGAUUUUCUUCGGCAUCUGAAUUCCCACUUUAAAGUACAGUCUUAAUGUAUGAGAAUUGAAUGGAUCGCUGUCUUUUUGCAUAUAUUUGAUUUUUUUUAUUCAAUAGAUAGGCUAAGAAUUUAAGACUUUCUGUAACAAGAACUCAUGACUGAAAUUGUCUGUCAGAUAAGCACAUUUUUAAUUGUCAUCUGACAAGGUAAAAUGAAACCAUAAGUUACUCAGUACUGUAAUUCACGUUAUUGCUUGUCAUCUUUCAAUAUUACCUCUGAGUAAUAUCUGAGAUUGAUGUUACAUGCUGGUUUUGGUUUUGGUUUGGGGGGUUUUUUGCAAUUACUGAUUGCCUGAAUAACCCCAAAGUCAUAAUUAUGUGCAUGAAUACAGAUUUACAGGAUCAAGUCCAUAAUCUGGGAAGACUGGUGUAACGCUAGAAUUUUUUCUCAGUAGCUCCUGACGUGAUUCUGUUUUUGAAGUAAACAGGGAGGAAAAGUAGGGUCUCAUUUUGAAUUUCUGUUUUAAUAUUGCCAAAUUUAAUUUACAAUAGUGAACCUCAAAUCAGAUUCUCAUAACAUCAGUGAAGUGACUGAAUGCCAGGUGUGCCAAAAUUAGGAUAGGCUGUUCACUGGUAAUAAAACUGACUUCCCCAGAUGAACUGUUUACUAGGGUGAUUAAUCAAACACAGCACACAAAUGACCCUUUUGCUAAAAUGUAAUGGUAACAAUUUUAUGUACAUCUCAUAAAUACUGUUAAAAGAUAACAACUUUGUUAAUGUACUUUUCUAGCAUAUACUUUUCUAGCAUAUACUUUCAUGGAAAAGGGUAUAUCAGUAGCAAGGAUGAAGUGAGAAUGUUCCCCAAAACCAAGAGUAUAAAAGAUUGAUCAAC